UGAGCAGCUGCCCCCGGCCCGGGCGGAGUGCGGUACUCACGGCGGCGCCGCCUGCGGAGACGGGACCGGCGCGCGGGCUGUAAUACCUACUCUCCUCCGGUCCAUUCACCACACAACUUCAGCCGGCUGAACAGACUCACGCAGCUCCAGCACAUCUUGAUAACCUAAUUCAGAAAACAAGCACUACGGCUCUCUCUGCCUGUCGUCUCCUCCCAGUGUAGCAUUUUCAGGUGAUCUAGGAAACUGGGUUAUUUUUAUGAGCAAAUAAGAGAAACAGGAAUCAUGAUGGGGAUGUAUUUAACAGACCCAGUACUGGAUAAAACUUAAAACCAGUGUCUCAUUCAACAUAGUAAAAAGGUCACCUUGCCUGCCUGAGAAAAGAAGCAAAAUAUCAGCUUGUUGGUUUCUGUUUUCAUCUCAGCUCGUGCUAGCCUCUUUUCCCUGAUGCUCGCACCGACUUGGGAUAUCUGGCUAUAAAGAGAGACCUACUGUACUCAUGGUAGAUGACAAGGAAAGGAACAUGAAAUGUCUCACCUUCUUCUUGAUGCUUCCAGAGACGGUAAAGAACAGGUCCAAGAAAAGCUCGAAGAAAACAAAUCCCAGCAGCAGCAGCAGUAGCAGCAGCAACAGCAGCAGCAAGUUGCCUCCAGUUUGUUAUGAAAUAAUUACCUUGAAGACUAAGAAGAAGAAGAAGAUGGCUGCUGAUAUAUUCCCCCGCAAAAAACCAGCCAGCUCCAGCAGCACCACUGUCCAGCAGUACCACCAGCAGAAUCUCAGUAACAACAACCUUAUUCCCGCCCCGAACUGGCAGGGGCUCUAUCCCACCAUUAGGGAGAGAAAUGCGGUGAUGUUCAAUAAUGAUCUGAUGGCAGAUGUACAUUUUGUGGUUGGGCCACCAGGCGGGACUCAGCGGUUGCCAGGACACAAAUACGUUUUAGCUGUUGGGAGCUCUGUGUUCCAUGCAAUGUUUUACGGAGAACUUGCCGAGGACAAAGAUGAGAUCCGUAUACCAGAUGUCGACCCUGCUGCUUUUCUCGCCAUGCUGAAAUACAUCUAUUGUGAUGAAAUUGACUUGGCUGCUGACACAGUCUUGGCCACUCUUUAUGCUGCCAAAAAGUACAUCGUCCCUCACCUCGCCAGGGCCUGCGUCAAUUUCCUGGAGACCAGCCUGAGCGCUAAGAACGCCUGUGUGCUCCUGUCCCAGAGCUGCUUGUUCGAGGAGCCAGACCUCACCCAGCGCUGCUGGGAGGUGAUCGAUGCCCAGGCCGAGCUGGCGCUCAAGUCCGAGGGCUUCUGCGACAUCGACUUCCAGACCCUGGAAAGCAUCCUCCGCAGGGAAACUCUGAAUGCCAAAGAAAUCGUGGUCUUCGAGGCCGCUCUCAACUGGGCUGAGGUGGAAUGCCAGCGACAGGAUCUGGCUUUGAGCAUUGAGAACAAGCGCAAGGUGCUGGGCAAGGCGCUCUACUUGAUCCGCAUCCCGACCAUGGCCCUGGACGAUUUCGCCAACGGUGCUGCGCAGUCCGGCGUCUUGACUCUGAACGAGACCAACGACAUCUUCCUCUGGUACACGGCGGCCAAGAAGCCCGAGCUGCAGUUCGUGAGCAAGGCCCGCAAGGGGCUGGUGCCACAGCGCUGCCACCGCUUCCAGUCCUGCGCCUACCGGAGCAACCAGUGGCGCUACCGGGGCCGCUGCGACAGCAUCCAGUUCGCCGUGGACAAGAGGGUCUUCAUCGCAGGCUUCGGGCUGUACGGCUCCAGCUGCGGCUCGGCCGAGUACAGCGCCAAGAUCGAGCUCAAGCGGCAGGGCGUGGUCCUGGGGCAGAACCUCAGCAAGUACUUCUCGGACGGCUCAAGCAGCACGUUCCCCGUGUGGUUCGAGUACCCGGUGCAGAUCGAGCCGGACACCUUCUACACGGCCAGCGUCAUCCUGGACGGCAAUGAGCUCAGCUACUUCGGGCAGGAGGGCAUGACAGAGGUGCAGUGCGGCAAGGUCACCGUGCAGUUCCAGUGCUCGUCGGACAGCACCAACGGCACGGGCGUGCAGGGCGGCCAGAUCCCCGAGCUCAUCUUCUACGCCUGAGCGCACCGGCUCUCCGCUUCACGCUCAGCUCGGCUGCAGCCAGCCAUCGGCGCGGGCUGUUCGUAAGGAACGGAGCUGUGCGCCGGUUCUGAUUUCUUUCAAUCUCUUUCGCUAUGUACAGGCAAAAAUGCAGCACUCAGCUUUUAACUGUAUGCCGGAAAGCCAAAUUCUUAGCAAGGCUUGUGGUUCUUAGAGUUGCAUAUAUCCACCCGGGGAGAUUUUGCAUUCUUUUCCAACUGCCCCACUGACCUCCCAGUUUAAGAAGAUUUUUGGAUCACCUCAGAUUUCCUUUUGGGCUUUAUUUUGACAAAGAGAAAGAAAUACUCUAAAGUAACAGUAGCAAUUAUUUUUAAACGGAAACCCUCCCUCUCCCCAAACAGAUAAACCUCAGUGUACAAUUUUGAAAGACAUUUUGCUUGAUAAUAAGUAAUAAUUUAGGAAGUAGACAGUAGUCAUCUUUACCUUCUUAUUUGCUUUUAAAUAUUUUGGGCAUUUGCUUUUGGACAUUGCGUUUUCUUAAAUCCUAAAUUCACAAGUUUGUUUAAUUUUUAAACUGCAGCUGUCAACGGAAGGUAAAGCAAGUAAGAAAUUGGAAGUUCUAGAUCACAACUUUUGCUACAAGCAGAUUUAUGUUCCUUUAGUUUAGAAGACAGGCAAUUCCAGUACAGAGGCUUCUUUUAGAAGUAACUAAAUUGCAAAACUUUUUGUCAACUAGAGAAAAAUUGCAAAUCUGUUAAUUGAAACUAAAAUAGUCUUAAAAGGAAGCCUGAAAAAGUCCCACAUGACAAAUAGUUUAAUUGAUGGCACAUUAUAAUCCAGAGUUUGAAAAAGUCAAGCUCUUUUCUCCCUGCUUAGCUUUUGAUCCCUGCCACUUGCUGGUUUUCAAAAGUUGUACUGUAUAGAAUUCCUAUUCCCCCAUUCCCGUGAAAAGAGGACCAAACGAUUUCUUCAGAUGAAUAGAAUAACAGUUUUGUAGUGCCACAUGUUAAUGUAAUAAGAUACUUUAUGCAUUUGUUUUUUUUUAAUCUGAAGUAUAUUUUACUUAAUCUACUUUGACCACACUCUCUCUUGUUCGUUAAUUAUGAUUCUGUCCCAUUCCUGGACUGCUAGAAUCUGGCCUGUGACCAUCUGAACGAGCCAAUACAUGCCUGCAGGGUUUUUAAAAAGUGGUCUGGAGUGAUAAACUUGAUGAUACCUUAAUGUUCACUGCCUCAGCAUCACAUCCAGUCCCCCCCCCCCCCCGCCCCAUGGAUAGUGUAAACAAAGGAGGGAAAAGCUCGUCAAAACAUUCUCCUUCAGCAAAGGCUUGUGCUGGCUUAGUGCCCGUGACCCUAGUGGUGUACACUGUGGUUGCUCCCAGUUGAAGUAUCCACGUGUUUCUGGGCAACUUUUCUGCGCAGUGUGAUCCUGAGAUGGCUUCCCCGCCACCCAGAGUGUGGUCCCUGGCCACCUCCUCCUCCUGUUCUGAGAGCCUGAAGCUGGCUCUGGAGCGGGGGCUAGUCCCGGGGUGGGUGUGUGCGUGGGUGCCCGUGCGCAUGCAUGUGCACCGGCUCAGGAACUGUCUCCUGCUGCCCGGCCAGCAGGGCUGGGACAGAAGGGUCCCCCUGCCGGGCCCACCCAGCCCGCAGAGGGGGACUGCCUGUGCUUCCGGGCCGCUUCUCCCCCGUAGACGUGAGCUGCUGCUUCGGCCGGCUUCCCCGAUGGAGAAAAACACUGGAUUACAGAAAUGUUUUAAUCGUCUUUGCCCUUACCUAUGUCUGUUAGCAUGGAGGGUCAGAGGCUGUUACCAGUGAUUAAGAGAUGAGUGCUCCCAGGACAAGCUUCCAAAAUUAUCUAACAGUUAUUUCUUAUUAGCAAGAUGACAGAUAGUAGUAGUGGCAAACUGUCUAUGAAACGGAGGUAGGUUUUCAAUUUAAAAAAAUAUAUCUACAGAGGGUUUUGUUUAUAAAUUAUGGUUAAACAUUUCGGUAACUCAUAGCUACCUUGCAUUUGGUAGACUAUAGAUUUACCUGAUUGGAAGGCACUUGUUUAUAAGCCAGAGGAGAAGAAACUUUUUAGCACUAAUUUCAUUAUACUAAAUUGUUGUUAGGGGAGGAGUGUGAUAACCUUGUUCAUUCAGUAACACCCAUGACCAGUGCUCCUAUUAGUAGCUGCCCUCCAGAGGCUGGGAAACUGCUGGGUGAGAGCCCCAUGAGAUCCUUUGUACUGGAUAUGGAAGAACUUAAUUUUAUGAUAAUUGCUGUCACUAGAAGAAAAAGAAAUCCGUCAUCUGAUUGGCUGGUGCCAAGAGCUGUGGUAUAAAUUUGAAGGUUGUAUUUAAAAUAAAAAAAUGUUAUCUUUUAAAUCCUAUUCUCCCUUCUGCAUUUUCAGUGACAUGGAAUUAAGGCUAAUGUGCUUGCUUUAUUUUCUUUGAUAAUCUCAAAUUUUGUAGCUUUCAAAACUAAAAAUCAUUGUUCUGACAAGGCAAGCAACUGGAAUGCAUAAACACAAUUUUAUUAAACACUGCCCUGUAGAUGCUUUUCCCCACGUAUCUGGCAGUCUUUGUUGUCGUUUAUAUCCUGGGGAUAAGGGGAACUAGGCUAGCAGUUCUAAUGUAACAUUCUUUAAGCAUAUCUUAAUAUAGUAUUUAAGUAAAUGGUCUAAUUUCUACAUAAUUAUUGCACUGAACUGUCUUUUUUUUAAGGUGUCUAAAUAAGCUUGCUAAUUCAAGACACUAGCCAGUUGUGCAUUAGAGUGCUUGAAUUCAGGAGCUUAGAGCAUUAUUUAUGAAGGAAAAAUAUAUAAAUAUGAAGUACCUCAUGUUGAAUGUUAUUGUACUGUAUUUUUAAUGUAACAGUGCAGAUCUUGUUAGACACAUGAAUGUGUAUAAUCAUGUU